AUGCCGCCGAAGAGAAAGGGCCGACAAAACAACACUCACAAACCCACUAAACCAGACACUCCACCACCGACUAACAACGUCGUUUCAGGAGCCAUGUCCGACUGCAAGUUACCCGAAGACCUGUUGCUCUGCAUUCUCACCCGCCUUCCCGUGAAAACCAUCCAGCGAUUCAAGUGCGUUUGCAAGCCAUGGCUGAAACUCUUGUCCACCCCAAAGUUCGUCAAGAUGCACCGAGAGCAGACCACCAAGAACCCCCAAAAUCACUCCCUUAUCAUCCACAGCAUUGACGAGGUUUACUACCAUAAUAUGUCCCUGUUGAACAUCAAUUCCACUGCUGAACAACCCAUAAAUCUUGUCAACCCUUUUCCUGUAAUCUUCAAAGAAAUGGACUUGGUGGGCUGUGUAAAUGGGCUAGUUUGCCUCAGCUGUCCUCCUUUUGCCCAGAUGAUUGUCCUCUGGAACCCUGCUUUGAAUCUCUCGAAAGGCAUUAGGCAACCUAAGGGAGUAAUCGACGAAACCAUAGACAGAAUUUCACUGGGGUUAUGUUAUGAUGAAAGGAACGAUGACUAUAAGAUUGUGAUGAUUACGUGCUUGAAGCCUGAUGGAUAUACUCCGAAGAAUUUCUUGAGGGCUUAUGCUGAGGAAGGCCUUAUUGGACUGCAAUUAUCUAUGAUCCGGUGA